AUGGAGGAAAUGGAAUACACGAUCGGGGUGCAGAAGGAGGCGCUCGCGGAUCUCGAGAAGAGCCUCGAAGAGAAAGAGCGGACCCUCGCGACGGUGCAGGAGCAGAACGGACAGCUGGUGGCUGCGUUGAAGAAAGCCGCCCAGGAGGCCAAAGAUUUGGGCGACGCCAAGAGCGACCUCGACAUCGAACUCUCCAAGCACCAGCUUCAGCUCUCCACGGCUCAGUCCGAGGUAGCGACGCUGCGCGAAAAGGUGAACAAGCUCGAGGCCGAGCGCAAAUUGAUCGCUGGGACGGCCGCCGCUGUCGCCGCGCGCCCGCCAUCGCUGCAGGCCGAGCUCGAGGCGCUCCGGUCCAAGGAGAAGGUCGCCGGCGAGGAGGAGCGUCGCAGCCGCGAGGCCGAGGAGCGCGAGCAGAAGCAGCGCGUCGAGAGGGAGUGGGAGGAGCGCGAGAAGCAGCUCCUACAGAGCCAUCAGCAGGAGGUGGAAGCGCGCCGGGCGCUCGAAACGCAGAUGCGUCGCGAGCAGGAGGAGCGCGAGCAGAGGGAGCGCGAGAGCGACAGGGAGCGCGCGAGGGAGCGCGCGACGCUGCAGCAGGCGCUCGGCGAGAAGGAGGCCCAGGUGCUCCAGCUCACCGAGGAGCUCAAGCGGCGCGAGCAGGAGCGGCUCGACCGGGAGAUGAAGUGGCUGCUCGAGCAGCAGGAGGCCACGGCCAAGCUCAAGGAGCUAACCGACCAGGCCGCCACCCGGGACGACGGCGCCGAAAACGAGAUCCAGGCCUUGCGCGGGGUGAUCGAGAACGCCAAGCGCGAGCGCCAGAAGCUGCGCCUCCGCAACAAGGAGCUCGACGACGAGCUCAAGCGGCUGGUGCAGGAGCUGCGCCAGGCCGAGGACCGAUACGCGCGGCUGCGGCUGCGCGCGCAGGCCGGCGGCGGCUUCUUCGCGUCGCUCUUCUCGUGCUGCCUGCCGGUGCAGUCCAACUUGCCGCUCCACCACGACGGCAUCGCGCUGCCGGAGACCACGGGCGAGUCGGCCGAUCAGGAGCUGCGGGUGAUGACCCGAACGACCAGCAACAGCAUCAGCAGCAACAAGCGACGGCCGGUGGUGAUGUCGCCCAAGCGGCCUCUCAUUCAAGGUGGCGAAGACUACGACGACGAUGAUGACGAGCUAGAGCCGGCCGUGCACGGCGCCGGCGUCGGCCUCGGUCGGCGGUCGUUGCUGUCGCGGGUGGAGGACAGCAGCAGCAGUGGCAGCGGCGUGAGCAGCGGCGCGGUGACGCCCGACACGUCCGAGGCCGAGAAGGAGAGCGAAGGAAAGAGCGAAGGCGAGAGCGAGCGGGACUGGCCGCGCGUGCUAGUGUAA